UAAUUUAUUUUUGUGAUUUUCAAAGGAUGACCGCUCGGCACAUUCGCCAAUACAAAUCCGAUCGCUUUCUCUCUCACACACUCAAUGUGUGUACUCUAUAAAGGGAGGAAAUUUUGAGCCCUAAAUUUUCUGCUAUCAAUCUCUUUCUCAGCUUACAGAUACAAGAAAAUAUAAAAGAUGAGUACAUUAGAUGUUGCGAGGACAGAACUUGCUCUUGCUGUUCUGUAUUUGAACAAAGCUGAAGCCAGAGACAAGAUCUGCAGAGCAAUACAAUACGGCUCAAAAUUCGUGAGUAAUGGGGAGCCAGGAACAGCACAAAAUGUUGACAAGUCAACUAGCUUGGCUAGGAAAGUUUUCCGUCUUUUUAAGUUUGUCAAUGAUUUGCAUGCUCUUAUCAGUCCAGUCUCCCCUGGAACUCCCCUCCCAAUAGUUUUAUUGGGGAAGUCAAAAAAUGCAUUACUGUCGACUUUCUUGUUCCUUGACCAAGUUGUUUGGCUCCAUAGAUCCGGCAUCUACAAGAACAAAGAACGGGCAGAAAUAAUUGGCAGGAUAUCUCUCUUCUGUUGGAUGGGGUCUUCAGUCUGUACUACUUUAGUCGAGAUAGGAGAGCUUGGGAGGCUUUCGAAGUCAAUGAAGAAAUUGGAUAAGGAACUCAAGGAUACCAAUAAAUACAAGAAUGAAGAGUAUCGUGCUAAAAUUAAAUCAUCAAACGAGAGGUCAUUGGCUUUGAUCAAAGCAGCCAUGGAUAUUGUGGUUGCAGCCGGGUUGCUCCAGUUGUCUCCCAAAAAGGUGACUCCUCGUGUUACAGGAGCCUUUGGAUUUGCCAGCUCCCUCAUAUCUUGUUAUCAGCUGCUUCCAGCACCACCCAAGUCCAAAUCGUCUUGAGCAGAUGAGAAUGAUGAGUACCCAAAGCUAGAUGUGGACGUUGUUAAAAAUUAAAAUAAUUAUUAAUAUAUAAAUUGCAGUUACAUACAAUGUUUUUGUAUGAUUUUUUAUUUGCAGUCAACAAUUGCAAUAAUGUAUGUCGUGCCUGUUUUUAUCAUAUUAGUAUUCUGUGUA